AAAACAGAUAUAUAACUGUUUUUAUAGGUAUAGAUUAUGAAAACGAAUCUUCUGAUCUGACUUCUUCAUCAUAGUGAAAGAAAUGAGUCUUCCAUUAUCAUACUCCAAUACAACGGAUUAUCUCAAAGAUACAUUGACUUUUCUCAAUAAUCAUCAAUGGAUAUACAAUUUUCCAAACACGCAUAUUCUAGUGAAAGACAUAUUUAAAUAUUUUCCUUGCGAUUGGUUUGAUUACUUCAAAGGUUUGUCUAACGACGAACUCAACAAAUUUCCCACAAAUUGCUUAAAUAAUUGUCCAUCUACUCUUAAAGAAUUACUUAACAAAAUUAAUACUUUAAGUCCUAGUAGCUCAAAUCAUAAAUGUUUUUCCGAAGAAGUUCCCACGUUUACCCAUAAUUGUGGUUUAAGUGAUAAGAAACAACAUGAGAUAGUUACUUUAGCACCAAUUAUUAAUAACGUAUGCAAGUCUGAAAUCAUUAUUGAUAUCGGAUCUGGAUUAGGAUAUUUAUCGCACCAUUUGAACUCGAAGUAUGGUUACAAAGUAUUAGGUAUAGAGUGUUCAAAACAAUAUAUCGAUUUAGCGUUAAAAAACCAAGAAAAAUUCUACGGAAAAUCUAAAAACGAAGUUGUGUUCAAAGAACAUUAUAUUAACAGUGAAUCAUCUGAAACUAUCACAACUUUAGUUAAAAAUAAUUUUAACUCAAUUGGUCUUACGUCAAGCGCGCUUGUUGGCCUUCACGCUUGCGCAGACUUGAGCAUAACUAUUUUAGAUGUAUUUUCCGAGUUAGAUUUUAUAAAAAGUUUGGUAAUUAUGCCGUGUUGUUAUCACAGAAUUGAACUGCAAAACGCCACUGAAAAGGAAGAAUUAUUUUUUAGUUUUCCAAUAAGUAAGACUUUAAAUGAUGUUUAUAACGAGUUUGGAGCGCAGAAAUUUUUGAGAAGACCAUUCUUACGACUAUCUUGUCAACAAAGUAUCGGACAUUUUGUAACUAUGACUGAUAAAGAACACGAAAGGCAUUCUCGAAAUUUAAUGUUUAGAUGUAUUCUACAAUAUGUUGCUGAGGCUCAAAACUGUGAGGUAAAAAGACUCAAAAGAAAAUCUAAUACUACCAUCUCACAAAAUCCUGAUGAAGAUUUUGAAAUAUAUUUAAAGAAUCUUCAAAAUAAUCAUCGGUUGAUAACCAUCAAAUCUAGUAUAGAAUUAAAUAUCGAUGACAUAUUUUUAGAAAAAAUGCGCGAUAAGUGGAGAGAAUAUAGAGAUAAAUGCUAUUUGAUCGAAGUGUUGACGGGUUUUCAAGCUGCGAUACAGAGCAUGUGCGAGAAUAUAAUUUUGCUCGAUAGGAUUGAAUAUUUGAAAGAAAAAGGAUUUCAGUGUAUGGUUCAAAAAGUUACAGAUGAUAUAUUAUCACCACGAUGUCAUGCUUUGAUUGCUACGAAAGAAUGAUUUUUAUUGCAUUUUGUAUUCAAUAUAUUUGUUAUUUUUUACUCAGUGUUUUAUUUCAUCCAAAACAACAAACUAAGGUCUUUCAAUUUAUUAUUUAUAAAGGAAUAAUACUUAAUAUCCCCUUACCCCACCCCUGAUUUAUAUACAGU